AUGAAGAUUAAGAAUAAAAGCAAGAACAGAGCCGAUGUUGCAUCUCCGGAACCAAAAACAUCCAUGGAUCUGGGCCAAACAUCUCCAAGCUUUGGAAACAUCAAACUCAAUUGUUUCUGCAAGGGGCAAGAGGCAAUCAGCCAUGCGGGACCAACUGUCAAAAUCGUGGGCAGCCUCAUUCCAAACCGAACGAUGACCAAUCCCUCAUCAAGGUCGUCGUAUUCCAGUUCAAACCCGAAGGACUGGGAGAGGCCGGAGUCGGUAGCGAUGUCGGGGGACUCCAUCGCACAACUCGAUUCACAGAAGCCGCAACGAUCCUCCUUCGCUGCAUGGACCACUUCCAUACCUCUGCGCACACCCCGUCAUUUUCCAUUCCUCUGGGCCCUCCCGCGAGUCAAUCCCAUCAAGCAUCUACGGCACGAGCCGUGGGAUCCUUCGCAUUCAAGCUGGCAUGCAAUAGUAGCAUCCGCCCCCAUCAUCGCAAUUACCGGCAAGGGCUCUCCCAUUACAUGGAAUCUCUUGUCCACCGGCGCAAAGGCGAUGCCGUCAUCGACGACCGCAGCGCGAUGGAGACGACCAUUCAAGGAAUCACAAGCAGCCUGCGGCGGGCGGGACACCCCGUCACAGCAGGCAUUGGAAUUGGAUUGCGUCGUCAUUGAGAACAGCGCAGAAGUGCUGAGGAAAAGAAUUGCUGUUCAGGCGUUAAAUGCUGAGGGAGCUCUAUGGGCAUCCGUACGAGUUUCGUCUGGUGGUCUGGGACGGUUGGAGAGGCACCUGGAGGACGGGAAGGUAAGCGCUAAGAAGGAUAUUUUCCGAAUCGCCGAUACAUGA